AUGAAUCAAGAAAUGAUGACGAAUGAAAAAAUUAUUACAUUUGAUAUAGCUAUUGAUGGAUCAAUCCAUGAUGUUCAAGGCGAACUAGAAGGAGUAGUAAUUGAUCCACUUCUUAUCCAUAGAUUGAUGGAUAACGCUCAGAAAGCUUUAAUUGAUGAAGAAGUAGUAACAAUUUCAGUCACAACAAAGCAAUAUUUGCUUAGAAUCACUGCAAAUGGAGCUAAAUAUUCUUGCAUUGUUAAAAUGAACAGAUAA